GUGUUGCCUGUGGUUUCGGUGGCGCCGUUGUCGACUCACGACUCGAUAAGCGAGAUGUUUAGUAACAUAACGUGGGGACACAACCAUUCAGAUCCGGAUGUUCUGGAUGUCAAUACUGGCGUCAACAAUCCCGGUGCCAAAUGGAACCUUCAUCCCUGGUCAUCGGGCUACUCUGGAACCGGGGUGUUCAAAAUCGGAGCCGCUUUUGGUCGAUUAGUUGGUGAAGUUAUGGCACAAUUGUUUCCGUCGGGCAUAUCAUUUGGAGGCUCACGAAACCCAAUAGUACCGGGAGGUUAUGCUGUCGUCGGUGCGGCUGCUUUUUCGGGUGCUGUAACGCAUACCAUAAGCACUUCUGUGAUCGUAUUUGAAUUGACGGGUCAGAUGACACAUAUCAUACCUGUUAUCAUAUCG